CAAGAACGGAAAAGGAUCCUUCUCGUACCUUUACCCCUGAUACUGCGGCUCGAGACAUCGCACGUGCUCGUCUAUGCUCGUGCCGAGGUGCUAGGCUGCAGGACUUGGAAAGAAGACCCAAGCCAAUUUCGGAAGGCCCUGGUCGGGGCCCCUUUCCAAUUUUUUUACGACUUCAUCACACGUCUCUCUACGUCUGCGUCUGUGAUCUUCGGUCGCAUCUUCUAGUCACUCCUUGUACCAGCUUUCGAUUCUAGAACAUUUUCUUCUUCCUUUAAUUGUUUUGUUGGCUGCUCAACUUUGUUGUUGAAGAGCAGCGACGUGUUGUCACCGCGGACCGUUUAUUAGUCGCGUUGUAGAUACAUUUCCUCCUUCCGAAAUCACCGAAGCGCAGUUACCUUUAGUCGCAUCCUCUCUUCCUCCUUCGCGGACACCCAGGAGAGCAAUUGAAUCUCCAUGAUGUCGAAAGCCCCUUCUGAUAUCCUUGCGGCAUUGCCGUUGCCAAGUAUUGAGCGGCCAUUUGGCAUCCAACUAUGGCCCAUCUUCGAUCAAGCCUUCAGAGCCCUCAUGGGAUACCACCCUCAGGAUUUCGACUUCCAACCACGCGUAACCCCUAUGUCGACAUUGAAGCAAAGCUCGUUGAUGAUUCUUGCAUAUUACAUUGUAAUUCUGGGAGGCAGGGAGUUAAUGCGAAAUCGACCAGCAUUCAAGCUGAAUGGCCUCUUCAUGAUCCACAACUUCUACCUUACCGCUAUCAGUGGUACUUUAUUAGCUCUCUUCCUUGAGCAAUUGAUCCCUACGGUCUACAAUCAUGGCAUUUUCUAUGCUAUUUGCGAUGUUAAAGGAGGUUGGACUCCACCUUUGGUCAUUCUAUACUACUUGAACUACCUCACGAAAUACCUCGAGUUGAUCGAUACCGUCUUCUUGGUCUUGAAGAAGAAGCCUUUGACCUUCCUCCACUGCUACCACCACGGCGCAACUGCCCUCCUCUGCUACACACAAUUGAUUGGAUUGACAUCUGUGUCAUGGGUUCCCAUCACCCUCAACUUGAUGGUACAUGUUGUCAUGUACUGGUACUACUUUCAGAGUGCCCGUGGCAUCCGCAUCUGGUGGAAGGAAUGGAUCACUCGACUCCAGAUCAUCCAAUUCGUCAUUGAUCUUGGUUUCGUUUACUUCGCAUCUUACACUUACUUCACUUCCACCUAUUUCCCCUGGAUGCCAAAUGCCGGAAAAUGCGCUGGAGAGGAAUUUGCCGCCUUCUCUGGCAUGGGUAUUCUCACCUCUUACCUCGUCCUCUUCAUCUCUUUCUACAUUGCAACAUAUCGCAAGGAUGGAAAGAAGCCUACUGGACGUAAAGCAGCUCGAUCCCUGGGAUCUCUGAAGGAUGCUCAGAUUCCAGACAUCGCUGCUCUUCGUGCGGCAGCCAGCAAUGGCAAUGCCAAGACGUCGAGCUCCAGCCCCAAUGGCAACGGUCGUGCAUCUACCAGGUCGCGCAAGGCAUAGAUCACCAACCACCUCGACAAAUUAUCGGCAGCACCGACAUAUUGGAACGAAUUUUUGGACCCUGGGCGACGGGAAUCAGUUUAGAAAUAGAGUCCUCUUCUCUGUAUAAUGUACCGAAACGGAAUGUCAUGAAAAAAGUCAUUCCAGAUAGACUUUUAUAAUGUCAACAAGCAUGGGACGCGAAGGGGGUUGCGCACAACAAACACAAUGGAAAAUAGCUUCGAAGCUUCUUUUUCUCCUACUAUUUCCUUAUGUAUUAUCGCAUUGCAUGCAUCAUCAAGAAACAUGUGGCUGGAUUUGGGUGCUGGAUGGGGAUGGCGGUUAGGCGCGUGCGAGUGAUGAAAAAGUCUCUUUUUUCAGCUGGGAAUAACAUGUGUCGAUAGCUCUUAAUGGACACAGUUCCUGAUUGCC